AUGACCAUUAAUAUAUUGCUCUUUCAACCUGUCUCAUACGGCAAGACAAUUCCUCUUUGUAUACUCUCUCUUAGACAGGCUGAAUGUCUUGGUUCUUGUGUCUUGUGCUCUCUGUGGGAGACGAAACCUCAAGAAGCCAACGCAAUGGCAUACAACGGAAACUUUGUCAACCCAAUGACAACCACCGAGCUGGACGAGGACAGCUGUGUCCUGUACCAGACAGGAUACCGGCCCAACCAAGAGGGCCAGCGGACCUGGUGGGUCUGGAUCCCCCUCGUGGGGACCUUCGGCAGCGACUUCCAGCUGCUGGGCGCGAUGAUCGAGUCCAUCGCGCGGGGGCACGCAAGCCUGGCCCCAAACUGGGACCGGACGUCUGCCGGAGGCGUCUGGUACGACUUUGACUGUGCGUCGGACAUCCUUGACGAGAAGACUCUGUUCGGACUGGCUACUGACGAUCUGCAGAACCGGUUGGAGAAUGAGAUGGCCAGCAGUGUUGGCCAUGCGGGCCAGAAGCCGGCGAUGGGAUUCCGGUGA